UUAAGACGGCGUUACUUACGGAGCUAAUGCUAUAAACGCUCCUUAUGACGCUUAGGGCUACAACACUUUCAUGGGAUCGAAGCUUUUCACCUAAGGCACAUGGGAUACGAGCCUCUGACGGCACUCCCGCCAAGGUUUGCAAGUUCUUCAACACCUACAUCCUGACUGCACUCAAGGCCGAUGGCUCCGUCGUCACGCAAGGGCAAUAUUGCUCGCUUUACACAGAGACCUGGCCCGUCAGAUACGCAACAAAUGGCGGAUCUUGGUAUUAUGGAAAAGAUCAAUACGUGGUCAACUACAGCUUUGGAUUCGCCAAGACUGCCAACUCUUCAGACAUCAACCCUCUGGAUGGUGAUGUCAAGGGUGCCGUAUAUCAAGCUGUUGCUGAUAUCAAGUGGUCGUCGCUUUAA